AUGGACAACGCAAAUCCGGAAACUGUGGAACCCCCUAGCCAAAUGUCUUCAUCAAAUAAGCCUAUGUCUGCUGAUACGCAGCAUCUGAAUCAACCAGCUAUCUGCCAACCUCCAAAAAGGAUUCCCCGACCCAAAACUCGCAUGGAUAGUAUCAAGCUUUAUUUCAAACUCUUGUACGAACGGCGAAAUAUGGUUAAAAUGCCACGCAUCUCGACGGCGUCCUUCCCGCUCUUUCUGCGCAGCUUGCUUGCUUGUCUCUUUUACAUCGUCACGUUCAGGCAAACUGCUUGGUAUCGCUUGUCCGUAGAACUUUUACAGCAACGCGUGGAGGCGACUCUUCCUCUUCUGAAGGCAACGGUUCAGUCAGCGGCUUGCUCUGAGGGCUUUUCGGAAACGUUAAUGAAGACUCAACUUUCACUGCUGGGAACGCGCUCAAAUGAAGAAGACUACGUUGAUGAAUGGAAUAUCGUUGAAUUUAGCGCAUCUCUGGAUGAACAUUGGGACCGCUUCCAUCCUUACAAGGCAACUUUGUGGAAUAGACUAGAGAUUAUGAUGGCAAUUGGUAUUACUACGUUUGCUCUUCUGGAAUCUUCCUACCAAGGAUUUGAGUGGGUAAACGUGAGCUCAAAGUCGCCCUCUUGCCUCUCAUCCAUUGGUCUGAAUAACAUCCAGGCGUUGAGCCCCAAACCGAGCUUUGGUGUUUGGUGGGAAAUCGAGUUGAUGGUGAUGCCUUUUGUGUGUACGGUCUUCACAAUCAUCCUCUACACCUCCGGCGCCUUCAAAUCCAUAUCAAAAAGUUACGUAUGGUAUAUCUUGGCGGGGUUCAUUCUCGCCUGUGGGAUCUGGCAUGCAACCCACAUCAAGCUCACUACGAAACGGGAGUUCAUGGCCAUUGAAAAAUCCUGGAAGACACGUAUCGGUGGUUGGGUCUUCGAACAGCAAUACGGAAUUCCCGCGCCAUCACCCAACAGGGAUCAAGGCCUAGAUAUAGAGGCAAUGUAG